CAGACUGGGUGGCGUGACCCCUACAAAAGCUCAGAAUUUCCAGCUGCAGCUUCUUCCUCUCAGAGUCCCUGAUGCGUGCAGCUGGAGCCAUAGUUGAGGAACUGAAUCUUGCUGAGACAGCCUAGGCCUUCACUCUGGGGUAAGAAGUUUGGAAGAUGAGACCCUUCAGCUCUGAGGUUUCCCUAAACCAGCCCUGUGUCAUGGCAGCCCAUCUGCAUCCCAUCUGCGUCCUCCUCCUGACCUUGCUCGGCGUGGCCCAAGGCUUCAGGGACCCUGCAGCCCCCAGCCAACCCUUCAUCACCAUCUGGAAUGCAAACACCCAGUGGUGCCUGCAGAAGCACGACGUGGAUGUGGAUGUCAGUGCUUUUGAUGUGGUAGCCAACCCAGGACAGAACUUCCGUGGCCCUAACAUGACCAUUUUCUACAGUUCUCAGCUCGGCACCUACCCCUACUACACAUCCACUGGGGAACCCGUGUUUGGUGGCCUGCCCCAGAAUGCCAGUUUGGAUGUCCACCUGGCUCACACCUUCCAGGACAUCCUAGCUGCCAUGCCGGAGUCCAACUUCUCAGGGCUGGCAGUUAUUGACUGGGAGGCAUGGCGACCACGCUGGGCCUUCAACUGGGACAGCAAGGAUAUUUAUCGGCAGCGCUCACGGGCCCUGGUACAGGAGCAGCACCCCGACUGGCCAGCUCCGCAGGUGGAUGCCACAGCCCAGGACGAGUUCCAGGAAGCUGCGCGGGCAUGGAUGGCAGGAACUCUCAAGCUGGGGCAGGCACUGCGGCCUCAAGGCCUCUGGGGCUUCUAUGACUUCCCUGACUGCUACAACUAUGACUUUCUGAGACCCAAUUACACUGGCGAGUGCCUGCUGAACAUCCGUGUCCAGAAUGACCAGCUGGGAUGGCUGUGGAACCAGAGCUAUGCCCUCUAUCCCAGUAUCUACAUGCCUGCGGUACUGAAGGGCACAGGAAAGUCACAGAUGUUCGUGAGACACCGUGUGGGUGAGGCAUUCCGUGUGGCUGAGGGUGUCGGGAACCCUCAUCUGCCAGUGCUGCCUUACCUCCAGAUCUUUUAUGAAAUGACAAAUUACUUUCUGCCCCUGGAUGAACUGGAGCACAGUCUUGGGGAGAGCGCAGCCCAGGGUGCAGCUGGAGUGGUCCUCUGGGCAAGCUCGGGGAGCACAAGGACCAAGGAAUCUUGCCAAGCCAUCAAGAAGUAUGUGGACACCACACUGGGGCCUUUUAUCCUGAAUGUGACCUGUGGGGCUCUUCUGUGCAGUCAAGCCCUAUGCUCAGGCCAUGGCCGCUGUACCAGGCGCCCCAGCCACCCUGAGGCCCUCCUCUUCCUCAACCUCGCCAGUUUCUCCAUCUGUCGAAAGGCUAGUGGUGGCCCCCCAACUCUACAUGGUGCACUCCCCAGUGAAGAGCAGCAGCGGAUGGCUGUGGAGUUCAAAUGUCGCUGCUACCGUGGCUGGAGAGGAGCAUGGUGUGAACAGCAGGAUGUGUGGUGACUCACCACACCCUGGGAUGCACACUUCCAACACCUAAUGUACUCUGGGUCUGCCCACAACUUUCUUAAGUAAAGACAGUCACACCAGUGAUGAUCAUAGUCAAGAGUAUAUUCGGCGUCAGUCACGAGCCUAUGCUCUGCAAAUGCACACAGGCUCACAAAGAUAGCAGCAUAAGGGUUAGUGUCUCAGGCCCUCCCUGGUGGUGCAGCCGGGUAAAGUGCAGCACUGCAGGCGAGCUGCA